CGGCGCCCCCGGCGCCUUUCCCUUCUGCCCCGGUGCUCCUUCCUGACGGGCCUUCUUCUGAGGAAAGAGGAGGGAUGGCGGCGGCCGCCUCGACUCAGCUGGAAGCCGAGCUGUACUACCUAAUUGCCCGCUUUCUCCAGUCCGGACCGUGCAAGCAAUCUGCCCAGGUGCUGGUGGAGGAGCUGGAAGAACACCAGUUGAUCCCAAGGCGCCUGGAUUGGCAAGGCAAAGAGCAUCGAAGAAGUUUUGAGGAUUUGGUGGCAGCCAAUGCUCACAUCCCUCCAAACUAUCUUCUCAAAAUCUGUGAACGCAUUGGACCUUUAUUGGAUAAGGAGAUCCCACAGAGUGUGCUUGGGGUGCAGACUUUGCUGGGAGUGGGACGGCAGUCAUUACUAAGGGCAGCCAAAGAUUGUAGGCACACAGCUUGGAAAGUAUCAGCAUUUGCAGCUCUCCACAGAGGAAGGCCCCCUGAAGUACCUUCAAACUAUUCAAAACCACCAAAUGUGGUAAAUAUAAUCUGUGCCAGGCAAACAACUGGAUAUGGGCGUUUCAGCCAUUUGUUCCCCUCGUCCUUCUACCAGCACAUCAAGAUGCACAAGAGAAUUCUUGGGCAUCUGUCCUCUGUGUAUUGUGUAGCCUUUGACCGCACUGGGCGGCGAAUUUUCACAGGUUCGGAUGAUUGCUUGGUGAAAAUUUGGGCUACAGAUGACGGACGUUUGCUCUCGACACUCCGAGGACAUGCGGCUGAAAUUUCUGACAUGGGUGUUAAUUAUGAAAACACCCUCCUUGCUGCAGGCAGCUGUGACAGAGUAGUCAGAGUCUGGUGUCUUCGAACCUGUGCACCAGUUGCAGUGCUGCUUGGCCACACAGCUUCAAUAACCUCUAUACAGUUUUCUCCAUCAAGAAAAGGAACAACUCGAUACCUCACUUCUACAGGUGCUGAUGGGGCUAUCUGCUUCUGGCAAUGGCAUUCAGAUACAAUGAAAUUUAAGGAUCGUCCAAUCAAAUUUGCUGAGAGGUCAAGGCCUGGCGUUCAAAUAUCUUGUUCAUCUUUCAGCUCUGGUGGUAUGUUUGUUGUAACAGGGAGCACUGACCAUGUGAUAAGAAUAUAUUACUUGGGUUCUGAGACUCCAGAGAAAACUGCUGUGUUAGAAUCUCAUACGGACAAAGUAGUUGCUGUUCAGUUCUGCAACAGUGGAGGCAGACUAAGAUUUGUCAGUGGAAGCAGAGAUGGAACAGCCAGAAUCUGGCAAUAUCAGCAGCAAGAAUGGAAGAGUAUAGUGUUGGAGAUGGCGACUAAGAUGACUGGAAAUAGCCAAGUGUCUGGGGAAGACAAGGUGUCCAAGUUGAAGGUGACUAUGGUAGCUUGGGAUCGUUAUGAUACUACUGUUAUUACAGCAGUCAACAAUUUCCUUUUGAAAGUGUGGAACUCUACUACUGGGCAGCUUCUUCACAACCUAACUGGCCAUGAUGAUGAAGUGUUUGUUUUGGAAGCUCACCCAUUUGACCAAAGGAUCAUGCUUUCUGCAGGCCAUGAUGGGAAUAUUUUCAUUUGGGACCUCGAGAAAGGAGCAAAAAUGCGCAAUUACUUUAACAUGAUUGAGGGCCAAGGCCAUGGUGCAGUGUUUGACUGUAAAUUUUCCCCUGAUGGUCAGCACUUUGCCUGUACAGAUUCCCAUGGGCACCUACUAUUGUUUGGAUUCGGAUGCAAUAAUAGUUAUGAAAAGAUCCCGGACCAGAUGUUCUUCCACACAGAUUACCGCCCUCUGAUCCGUGAUGCGAAUAACUAUGUCCUAGAUGAACAAACUCAACAGGCGCCGCAUCUCAUGCCUCCCCCGUUCUUAGUUGAUGUGGAUGGAAAUCCUCACCCCACAAAAUACCAGCGACUGGUGCCAGGGCGGGAAAAUUGUAACGAUGAGCAACUCAUUCCUCAGCUGGGAUAUGUGGCAAACGGUGAUGGUGAAGUUGUGGAGCAGGUGAUUGGGCAGCAAACUAAUGACCAAGAAGAAAGCAUCCUUGAUGGAAUGAUCAGGGAGCUACAACGAGAGCAAGAUCAGAGAAGACUUAAUGGAAGUGAAGCUACUCCAAAUCUUCUGCAAAUCAGAUUGCAGCAUGCUAACACUUUGAGAAGUCCAAGUUUGGAUAUAGCUUCCCCAAAUGUUGGGCUCAGACGGAGUGGUCAAAUUGAAGGUGUUCGGCAGAUGCACCACAACGCUCCUAGAAGUCAGAUGGCCACGGAGAGGGAUCUCAUGGCAUGGAGUAGGAGAGUGGUGGUGAACGAGCUGCAUCCUGGGGUUAGCAGAGUUCAAGAGGAAUGCCGAGCUGCAAAAGGCGAAUUAGAAAUUCAUCUGUAUACUCUUGAAAAGAAGAGAAAGCCUUCCCAUACUUUACAAAGGUGUGAUUAUCAACCCGGCAGUGGGCGAUCUUUGCGAAGAAACCAACGCAAGCGUCAGCAUGCUUACCAAACACGCUCCACCUUUGAUCAUCAUUCACAAGGUGUACGAAGAAGCUCACAUACUCAGGAAGACUCUGAAAGCUCUUCUGAGGAAGAUGACACAGGUGGCACAAGUGAUGCGUCUGUGGACGACAAUGUCACUGCAUGGCAAAGUGAAAGCAGCUCUAGCGAUUCAUCCAGUGAAUAUUCUGACUGGACUGCAGAUGCCGGAAUAAACCUUCAACCUCCGAAAAGACAAACAAGACAGGCAACUCGCAAAAUGUGUAGCAGUUCUGAAGAUGAACAUAUGAAAGAUAUGAAGGGACGGGAAGAAAAACGCAAAAAACCCAAACAGACAAGGAAAAAGAAACCUAGUGGACGGCUUUCGAUGGAUGGUGAGCCCACUGAAGAAUGGUUUGCUCCACAUUGGAUACUGGAUACCAUACCGCGGCGUUCCCCCUUCGUUCCACAAAUGGGGGAUGAGGUAAUCUAUUUCAGGCAAGGGCAUGAAGCUUAUGUGCGUGCAGUUCGAAAGGCAAAGAUCUACAGUGUAAACAUGCAGAAACAACCAUGGAAUAAAAUAGAACUCAGGGAACAAGAAUUUGUGAAGAUUGUGGGAAUUAAGUAUGAAGUUGGACCACCUACACUUUGCUGCUUGAAGCUUGCCUUUCUUUAUCCAACCUCAGGCAAAAUGACUGGUGAAUCAUUUUCCAUUAAGUACCAUGAUAUGCCAGAUGUUAUUGAUUUCCUUGUGCUGCAUCAGUUUUACAAUGAAGCCAAAGAAAGGAACUGGCAGAUUGGAGAUAGAUUCCGCAGUAUAAUAGAUGAUGCAUGGUGGUUUGGAACGGUAGAGAGUCAACAACCAUUCCAGUCCGAUUAUCCUGAUAGUUCCUUCCAGUGCUACAGUGUUCACUGGGACAAUAAUGAAAGAGAAAAGAUGAGCCCCUGGGACAUGGAGCCAAUUCCAGAAGGAACUGCUUACCCGGAGGAGGUUGGGGCUGGUGUUCCUGUGACAACAGAGGAGCUGGCAUCUUUGCUGUACAAACCACAGGAAGGUGAAUGGGGAUCCCAUUCCCGAGAUGAAGAAUGUGUGCGUGUUCUUCGCGGUAUUGAUCAACUUCUAUCCUUAGAUAUAUCCAACCCUUUUGCUGUCCCAGUGGACCUUAGUGCCUAUCCUCUAUAUUGCACUGUUGUUGCUUACCCAACUGACCUCACCACAAUAAGGAGAAGACUUGAAAACAGAUUUUACAGGAGAAUAUCAGCACUAAUGUGGGAGGUACGAUAUAUUGAACAUAACGCUAGGACUUUCAAUGAGCCCGAUAGUCCUAUAGUUAAAGCAGCCAAAAUAGUAACAGAUGUCUUACUUCACUACAUUGGGGAUCAGAGUUGCACAGAUAUUCUGGAGAUGUAUAACAAAGUGAAAGCCGAAGACCUGAGUAGCGCAAAUGAAGAAGAGGUGGCAGAAACGUAUGCUGAUUCGGAUGGUCCAGGAACCUCAUCUGGGAAAAGAACUGUUCAGAUAAAGCAGCAGAUAAAAAAGCAGCCUUCCAAGCCACGUGCUGAUGCCUGGAAAGAUAAGUGCAAACAGCUAUUAAGCCUCAUCUAUGAACGUGAAGAUUCUGAGCCAUUCCGACAACCUGUUGAUCUCUUUUCUUACCCUGAUUAUCGUGAUAUAGUGGACACUCCAAUGGACUUCAGCACUGUGAAAGAAACUUUGGAAGUAGGAAAUUACAUGAACCCCCUUGAGUUCUACAAAGAUGUUCGUCUGAUAUUCUGCAACUCCAAAGCAUACACUCCUAAUAAGAAAUCAAGGAUUUACAGUAUGACACUCCGACUAUCUGCCUUAUUUGAAAAUCAUAUUAAAACUAUAAUUUCUGAAUACAAGUCAGCAGUGCAAUAUCAGAAGAGGCGAAGGCCACGGCUACGGUACCGGAAACAACUGCGGAGCAGCAGCAGUUCUUCCUCUAGCAGCAGGUCACCCAGCCCCAAAGGAAAACAAAAGCAACCGAUGCAGCCUAAAACAAACCUGAAUACCUCACUGCCUUUAACUAGGACUAAUUCUUCAGUUUCAUCUCAUGAUACUACUGAGGAACCACCUGGCUCUGCUGUUGCUGCUGAAGAGAUGGACAGUCAUCCUUCUUCAUCUGGCUCAAACACCCAAAAUCAUAGCGGAAAUGAUGCUGAACCAGGGAAAAAUAGGCUAGUUAGAAAUAAAUCCACACCAGUUACACAAGAUCAGCCUUCUGAUAAGCCCCUGACAAAUGGUGAUGGGAGAGAGCCCCGAGCAACAGUCAAGCGGAAGCUCUCAAGUGCAUCAGAAGAGGAUGAACCCAUUGGUGAAAAGAAGAAGAGAGAAGAAAAAGAAAAGCCAGGUUUAUCCUCCUCAGAAAGUGGAGAUUCACGAUCAAACUCAAGUUCUGAAAGCGGAUGUGGCUCUGAUUCUGACUCUGAAUCAAGCUCUAGAACAGAUCAGGACUACAUAGAUGGAGACCAUGACUACAGCAAAUCUGUGCAAGUGAAACCGAAAAGAAAAAUCCGAAGGAACAUCUCCAGUGGGCAGAGAAAUUGGCAGGGUAGAGGGACAGGAAAGAGAGGGAGAUGGGGCCGGUGGGGUAGGUGGAGCAGAGGGGGGCGAGGCAGCCGGAGGGGAAGAGGCUGUAACAGAGGAAGAAGAGGAGGCAGGGGAGGAAGAAGAGGGAGAGGGAGAGGAGCCUCCAGAGGAGCCUCCAGAGCCAAGCGCCCACGAAUUGCCGAUGAUGAAUUUGAGAAUCUUUUGGGGGGACGCUUCAGUGAGAACACAUUUGGUGGGCGGUUCAGCAGGCCGCCUCGGAUUAAAACUAGGAAUGAGGGCAGGCGAACCGUUUUAUAUAAUGAUGAUUCAGACAAUGACACUUUUGUGCACACUGAGGAUCCUCUGAACCUUGGUACUUCCAGGUCAGGCAGGGUGCGGAAAAUGACAGAAAAGGCCAGGGUCAGCCAUCUCAUGGGAUGGAAUUAUUGACAAAUGGGAAACUGGAAGUGAACAAUGGUGUUUUGACGAUCUAAGGCCUUCUACUGCAGGGAUUUUUGCCAGAAAAUCUACAACGCAAAUUGUGUGGGGACUCUGCUCACAUUUUUCUGUGGUGCUUUUUCCAUUUUGCCCAUUGGUAUGUUCAAAGACUUCUGAUUGCCACAUGUUCUUGGCCAAAAGAAGCCCUGCCCAUUCAUUCUAUAUCUGCAGAAAUACUUUCCCACACUACACUUUGAGGUUGUCAUAGGAGGACAGUGGCAAUGGAAUCAUGAUUUUGAUGUCUCCCCUUGUUUUUCUUUUUUGGUUUUGUGUGUUUUGUGCAUUAUAGAAACAGCACCUUCUUACAGAGAUUUUGAAUUGUCUGCCAUGAAUUCCUUACAUUCAGUAAUAACUUUUGCACAAUUCACCAAUCUUAAAGGCAGCUAUAAAAUGUUUACAGUUUCUCUAUUGUGCACAGAAUAUGAAUAAUUUCAAUCUUUCCAAGCCAAACUUUCAUGAAGUAUGUUCAUACUUGGGUAUCUCGGUAUGCUUUUCUCAUUGGUUCUUAAUUCAUGUUUUGAAAAUGAGAGGGAGAAAGAGGGGUGGGGUGGGGCUUGGUGCCUUGUAAAUACGUAGCAGACUUUUGACAUGCAUUAACAGAUGCAUGCAUUAAUAAUAAUAUACAAUGAGAUACUUGAGAACUAUGAAUAUCUAGACACACAGGUGCCAAAUGCAAAAGUUAACUUGCUUCUAUAUUCAUUCUGAUACCCUCAUAUCGCUAUAGCAUUAAUUGAGACUGCCAAUAAGGUGUUAACAUCAUCAUUGAUAUUUUCUCUCCUUCGCAGCCACUGUUUUUCUAGUAGCUUAGCUGCCUCCGGACUUGCAAAUAAUAGAAACAUUAGAAUUCAUUUCCUUUUCUUCAUUUAUGGGGUUGCUGUAGGUUGUGUGGCAUUAGCACAGUCCGUCAUUAAACGACAAAAUAGCCAUUUGUCAGGUUUCAACCUGACAAUCAUACUCACGAUGCUUUACAUGCUUUAAUUUGAUUCUUUCAACUACAACAUAACUUUUUUAUGCUCUAGUAACUUUGCCGACUCACUUAGUAUGGACAACCAUCUCAAUCUUCCCCGGGGUGGGGAAUCAUAACACCCUUGAUUAAGAGAUUGCUAAUUGGCAAAGGAGCUCCAGGCCACUGAGCUCCUCCCCUCUCCCUCCCCCCAGCUUCCCCAUUCACUUUGGUGGAAGGGCAUGAUUGGCUUACUUUUAUUUUUGUUCGUGCGUGCUAAUCAGCUCCUUCUGUUGAAGUGGAGACAGCCCCACAAAUGCAGAACACCUGUGUGUGAAUUUUGGCAUGUAUGGAUUUCUCAUUGGGUGUGGUGCCAUCUGGUUUGAUACUGAGAAAUAAUUUGCACAGGGCUCUUCUUGUAACAGUGUUGAACAGUGCAUCAGUGUAAGGGGAAUCUAGGCUUGGGGAACCAUGUUUGUCCCUCAUCACUGUAGCAAGUGAAUUUCAGAAAUGUGCUUUCCCCCUUCUCUUGAAUAAGAGUUUCAUUUUUCUAUUUUGUGUAAUUCAUCAUCCCAGAGAUAAAAUAGAAGGGUUGACAGAGCAUAUGAAAGAGAAACAGAAAGCCAAAUAAAAUAAUGAGUGAAAUUUCAUACAUUAUUUCUAUCUAGCCUGCAAGCAAUUCUUUUGCUAGGCACACUUGGUCAGUAACAUUGCUGGAUCUCCACAGAAUUACAGUAUAAUUAUUUAUAUAUAACAUGUGUAAGAAAGUACAUAUAUACACAUGCAUACAAAAGUGGCUGUGGAUCAUCUACCAUAAAAAAUAGAUUUUAAAAACAGUCAAAUGGGAAGGCAUUUGCCAAUUAGGGCAAAAAUAGAAGAAUUAUGUUAUUGAGUUAUGUGAUCUAGAAACCAAGCAUUUAUUUAUAUACACACUGGAUACAAAUCCAGGAGUCAGGUAUGGCACACAGUUGUCCUGAUUCAGAUCCUUUCUGCCCAUGAAAGCCUGGAAGUGUUCCUGGAGCAUCCUUUAAUACAAGAGCUCCAUGUUUGCUUCUGAGAGUGUGCAGGCUGUGCCUCAGGAUGUGCAAGUAUAGAAUCUUUUUGUUCAGUGUAGUAUUUCAGAUCUACAAGACAGGUGUGUGCUUAAAAGGAAACCUCAAGCAUAUCUCCUGCUAUACUAUAUAGACCGGCUAUACUGUCACCAUGGUUGCUUGUAACCACAAUGGGGACAAAUAGUGUUAUUUUAAAGAACUGAAAUCCUGCCCCCAGAGAAGGUAUUCACUUGUACAGGUAUUUACUGUGGAGACCUAUGCCCUAAGGAGCGGUGUGUGCUUCUUUGAAACAACAAUUACAAUUUGGGAGAAAUGCCUUCAGUGUUCUCUUUUAUUUAGGACUAAUUAUGUACUGUGAAGAUGAUAAGAAAGCAAGAAUACUUUUCUAGGAUGAAAGUAUUUUUAGGAUAUGUGUUCAUUACUAGGCAUACUAGAAAACUAGGCUACAAUGGUGCUGCAACAACAGAACAUCUAUUCUAAAGGAAAUGGAGGUUUCUUGUGCAUGUGAGGAAUAACCUGGUGGUGUUUUAUUCAGUUUGGUGGUUGGGAUAGUUAUCAAGUGAGGAUUCCUUACUGUACCCAUUCAUCUGUUGUUUGAGGAUAUCAAUCAGGUGAUGUGGGCCACCCUGAAACACAAUUAAUUUGGACAGGGUUUACUUUCCAAAGUUAAAAUUGUAUAGGACUCUGUAGCAAUAUUGGCUUGGAAAUAACAAAAUUGGACCCAUUCUUCAGUAGACAGCUCUCAGGACCUCUCUGAUUUGGACUGCCAAGGCCCUACUUCAUUCUACCCCAUUCUUAUCUUCCUUGCACCUUUACUGCUCCUUUCAGGUGCUGCUGGUUCCUUUGUACCACUUGCCCUGUGGAUGCUCCACAUGUUCAAUUUCUGGACAUCAACCCACUAGGCUGUUGGCAGCCUCAGUGAGGAUCAGAUGCACUCAGUUGAAGUUAGCUUCUUGGAGAUGGGGAGGCUUGGCCUUCACCAUGAUUUGUGUAACGCCACAAAAGAACUUUCACUGUAAAGGCUUGGGAUUUGAAAAAUCCAGAGAAUGCCAUACUAAAUCAGUGUAAUGGUCUGUCAACAAUUCUGUUUCAGGAUCAAAAUUGUAGAAAUUUAGUGAACAAACCAUCAAAUCACCCCUUCUUAAUGUUGUUUGUUUCUUACUGUGCAAGCCUUAGGAUCUUCUGUGAACUCAUUAUGUGUCUUGGUGUUGCUCCCAGUUAUUCUAACUGGCAAUGACUGAAUAUCUUCAUUGUAUUUAUGCCAAAUUAUGCUCACCAAUAAACCUCCCAAAGGAACAGUAUUUAGAAAGGAAAUGGUGCUGGAUUCUACUGAACAGCUGAGCAGAAUUGCUUUAAGGGAUUCUGCAAGGAGGCCAAAGCUGUAUCCUAUAAAUUGGCCAUUCAAAUUCAAAACUAGAUUAUGUUUCACUGCAGAAAACUUUGUUGCAGUGAAACACAAUUGUUCCAUUUUAUCUGAAUUGCCCAUCAUGUCUGACUGUAGGCUGUUCAGUGCUUGCCUGAGGCUGCCUUCACAAUUUGCCACAUGCAUUUUGGAAGUGGUAUUCUAAACAGAACAGUAACCAAUCAUCUUUAGCAAUAACCAGCAUGGGAUAUGUGGAAAUGCAGAACACCUAUUUUCACAGAUUUCAGGUUCAACCUCCCUACUUUAAGAUGAGUUAGAACUUUGGAUUUUUACAUAAGAUAUAUGAAACCUUUCUGUUCCAGUCAAGAGCAAUACUGAAAUCUUUUAUCUGAAAUGCAUUUAAUGCUUUCCUGAACUUUUUGAAGUUUGGGCAACAUCUUAAAUGGUUAUAUCAACUGAAUUUUAAGUCUCUCAUCUGCCAUCAAGAAGCAAAGGGUUUGUGAGGUAUUUUUUUUUUUUUUGCAUUCUAUCAUUUUCUAGUUUCUAGUUUCAAUUUGUUUGUUAGUAAUAGGAACAAAAGGUAAUAGGACUUCAGAAGUAAACUAACAAACGUAAUAGGACUUCAAGUUCCCACAUACCACCUUGACUUCUUGUUCAAGUAAACCUAUUCCUUCUCAUGUAAUCUUUAAAUUCUAAAAUAGCAAUACCCUGCCUCCCCGCCCCCCGAUCAAAGCCUAAGGUGUUAUUGCAUUUUGUUUUCUCUACCAUAUGUUGCUUCUGUUGUUUGGCAGCCUUGGAAACCCUUGGUUGCAGAAUAUUUCUUAGAAUUAAGCCAAACCAUACAAAGCUGUUGGUCAUGGCUAAGGUUAAGCUGAGUAAUUUAUCUUCACCUAACACAGCUGAUCAUGUAUUGGCACAAAGCAGGAUAAACUAGAUUUAGUCUAAGAACAUUUCACCAACCUUAACUUACACACUGAACGCAAGCAGUUCUCUGUAUUGCAAAGUUAGUGUACUGGUUUCAUAAUAUAUGCUACAAAAUAUAAUAACUUUUCUAUUUGUAAGAACAAUUAAAUAUUUAUGGGCAGAAUGCACUGUUCAACACCUAAGGGUGCUCUAUUAGAAAUCUCUUAGGUGUUUUCAUUAUGUUCUUUAAAAUGAUGUAUUCUAAAUGACUACAUUUACAAGGAAUCUCUCAAACCCCCCCCCCCAAUAUUACUACCGUAUAUCAGAUGUUUACAUUUUUUAAAGAAUUUCACAAUGGCGAUUCUCAAUCUGCAAUGUUGCUAGCAUUUUUUUAAAGGCCCUUCAAACACAGAACAACACUUUGACAUGUAUAGCUCAGUAUAUCAGACGUUGGCCCACAACAAAAUACAUGUGUUACAGAUCCCUGCAUGUUUAUCAGCUCUUGUGCAAGCCUAUUAGAAUGAACAGGAAGUGCUCAUAAGGUUUGCCUUGCACACCCUCUUUAUUUUAAAUGAGCAAGCGCAGAAAAGUUCUCUGCUGGAUUGUGCUCUUAUUUUCCAGCAGAAUCGCUGUCACAGCCUUAACCUAUAGUAUUAUAUCAGAUGGUGCUUUAUGAAUACAUGUAUAUGCAUGGAUGUGGGUAUGUAAUUAGCAGACUGUGUUUUUAAACAAAAUGGGUACUUUAUAAUAAUCCUGCUGCAUACCCGCCAUACCAUUUUGGCAUUCUCCAUCCAAAUAUUUAAAGUAUACACUAAGAAUAGUAGGCCUCAGUCUUUAUAAGAUUGUACUUCAUGCCCUCCUUAUUUCCCCUCCCUCCUUCCCCAAGGUGGUGUGCAAGAGAGUAGGAGUGCUUGAAAUGUGGCUGUCAGUGUUUGAUUAUAGUAUAUGUCUGUUCCUCCCCCCCAGACACACACACACACACACACACACACACACACACACACACACCUGUAGUCUUAACCUUUGCCAGGCUGAUCGGCAAGCUCAUGCCAAGACUUCUUUCUUUUUCUUUUUUAACAAUUAAGUGGUAUUCAGAAGGCUUGUUUCUAUUUCCAAGGCAGAUGUGUGUGUGUGUGUGUGUGUGUGUGUGUGUGUGUGUGUGUGUGUUUUUCUGGCCUAUUUUGCCUUUUCGUUAAAGCUUCACAGCAGGUUUUGUUGAGGAAUAUUACUCUUUACAACUGAGCUUCAGACACAUGGAAUCUUAGUGUCAUCUAAAAGCUCUUAAUGCCUGUAUAUUGUGUUCUUGACAGUGUAAAGUGCUUCACAGUUAACACCCCUGCAGAAAAAAGGUGCAUACAAAUUGGUUUAAACUAAUACUGUUUUGCUUUCAUCUUGUUUUCAGAGGGUGCUCUAUGUUCAUAUCUUUACAUCUGCUAUCUCAGGUCCCUUUAAAAUGAAAUGCUUCAGGGAUUUUUGAUGCCACUUGACGUUGGCAGACCAAAUGUAAUAUUUAUAUGCAACAAGCUAUUAGUUUUUUGUAUUGUAAAAAAAAUGUAAAUUUGUAAAGAUUUUUUUUCUUAGGGUUUUUUUUGGGGGGGAGCAGGGAGGGGAAAGGAAGUCACUUAAUGUAAUUUAGGAUGUUUCAUUUUUCCAGCUGUGGGAUUAUCUCAAUAAAAAACCCCACUCAUUCUAUGAUUUUUGAUUAUUAUUUUUUGGUGUUUUACUGUAUAUACAGAAUAAAUGUAUUGAUGGAAAAUUA